AUGGAGCCAGCCGAUGUAACUACUUUUCUUCCAAAGGACAAAUUAAGACAUUUAGUACUACUGUCUGGAUUGGAUGUUGUUAAUAAUCCUUUUCAUAAAGCUAUAUAUUCAAAUUUUCAAACACGAUCAUUGGCUCCUGAUUGUUGUCCUUUAACAUAUAAAAUUUUUACUCCUGAAAAUAUUAUUGAAAUACCUAAAUUGAUUAAAAAUCAAUCUAGAAUUUUAAGAUUUGAUUGGCCAUUAAAAUAUACACAUAUCUAUCCUGCAGCAAUAGUUUUAUUUUACGAUCUUAAUUGGAGUACAGUAAAUUGGGAAGAGAAAAAAAGAGAAUUGGAGACAAAAAUUGAUGCAUUAAGAAAUGUCAUUCAGAAAGAUGGUAAACCAUAUAAUAAAGGUACACAAAUAAUUCUUGUAAUUAUUCAACAUAAUGAAGGAGUAACUAAAGAAGAAAAUGAUAAACUUUGCAAUCCAAAAGCAGCUGAAAUAUUAUCAUUGGUAAAGUUAAAAAAUAAUCAACUUUUUGUUAUACCUGAUACAGAGACAACAUUAUAUAACUUUAUUCUUCGAUUAGAAAAACAAUUUUAUGAAUUAACUCCAAUAUUUUAUCAAGAAUGUAUUCGAAAAAUUAGAUCUCGAAACAUUCCAAAUAAUAAUUCAAUUCUCCUUAUUCGACAACAAUUUAAAUUAGCAUUUUUAAGCGAGUUACGACAAGAUAAUCAUACUGCAAUGAGAAAUUAUAAACUUGCAUAUCAAAAAUGUGCAGAAUUGGAUAUGGUUGAUCGAGAUGCUUAUGAAAUUUUAUCAGUUGCAAGUGUUAUAAAUUAUAAGAUAUGUCAACUUUCAUUUCAAAAUAAUCUUAUUAGAGAAAGUUUUACUCAAUAUGUUAAACAUCAGAAUACUUUUUUUAAUAGAAAAUGUGGUGUUUAUCCUGAUCCAUAUAUUGCUAAGAUAGAAUUUAAUUUAUGGAAAAGAGAACAGUGUGUUUUAUUUGCAAAGUUAUUUGAAAAAGCAAUAAGUAAUGGUUUAUUGGCUAUAAUUCAUAAGAAUCCCGGUAUUUAUUAUCAAUCAGCAGCUGAAUUUCAAAGGUGUGCUAAUAUUUACAUUAAAGAGAUGCUAGCAACAAUAUCGUACAAUGAAAAUAAUGUAGUAAGAGAAGACGUUUUAUCAUUUAACAAAGAUUUAUCAAAAACGCAUACAAUAUAUUUUGGGCAACGUCCAUGGAGGGUACUUACAGAUUUGAUGCCUGAUAAUGUUUUUGACAAUAGUCAUGAAAAAAGUGCUUUAUUGACAUUACAAUCAAAAAUUUUACCUAAUUAUCAACAAACAAUUCAAUUGUAUAAUAUAGCUAUGAAACAUUUUGAGAAAUUUCAAGCUCAUCGAUUUCAGACUAGAAUAAAAUCUCAAAUUGCUGAUGAGUUGAUAUCUUCUGGAAAUUAUAAACAAGCUCAAUUAUAUUUAUAUGAUAUUUUGAUGGAAUACUAUAAAUCAAGAAACUUUGUUUUAACUCAAAAUUUACUUGUAAAAUUUUUAGAAAUUGCAUUUUUAAAUGCAAAUCUUAAUGAUUAUAUUUGGGCAAUUUCACAACUUUCUAGUAGUAGGCAAUAUACUUUUUUAACAGUUAAUGUUUCACAACAUACAAAUUUUUAUACUCAUAAUUUAAUAAGUCUUUUUCAAGGAGUUAUUCCUGCACCAUUAAAAUCUGGUGUUAUACCUUUAAUUGAUUCUGAAUUGAAUAGUAUAUUUGGUAAAUGGCAACAAACAUUAUCUGAUAAACCAAUAUUUAAAAUAAAUCUUACUGGAUUAGUUUGUUUUUUAGAAGUAUCUGUAAGUUUAACACAAUUAUCAAUUGAAAAUGAGUACGGUAAUGAAAAUUGUGUACUAGCUAGAGUUAAUAUUUUUAAUGAUCUAAAUUGUGAUAUAUCAUUUGGAAAAUUGACAUUGUAUAUUGAAGAUUGUUGUAAAGUGCCUAGUAUUGUAACUAAUGAUGUUCUUGAAAAUGCAACUUUGAAAUUAUAUAAAAACGAUAUUAUAAUUGAAAAAAACUCUAGAAAAUCAUAUUUCUUUUAUUUUAAUCCAGAAAAAUUGAGUACAACGUUCUUAACAAAUAAUAUUCAAAUUGAAUCACUAGUUUUAUCAGGAGUUUCUCUCACAAAAACUCUUGUUAAUGGAUCUUUUCAUUGGGACUUUCCAAUAAAUGACCCUUCAUCUAGUGUUGUAAUUAAGAAACGUCAACUACCACUAGAUACAACAAUCCUAGUUAGUAGUACAAUAUUUUAUUUUGGUGAAAAAUUCCUUCUUCCAAUAAAUAUUUGUAACUCUUCUAAAUUAAAAGAACUAUCAAAAUUAGAGUGUACAAUUAGUUUGUCAAAUCAAGAAAUCAAUCAAGUUGAUAUUAAAGCAGAUAAAAAAAUCUAUUUAUUGGAUCCUUAUACUAAAACAAAAGUCAGUAGUUUUGUUCAAAUUAUUGAAUCUUUAGCCAUUGAUGGAAGUUUUCUUUUAAAUGUUCAAUUUGAUACAGAUAAACCAAAUGAUUUUUACAUACAUCUAAAUAUUAAAAGUAGUGAUGAUAACUCAAGCUUUUUUAAAAGUUUCAAAGUUAGUACUAUUCAACCAGUAAAAUGGAAUUGUACCAUUGUUUCUUUGGCGAAUGAAAUUCUUAAUCAAAUUACUAAUAACACACAUUCUAUGAUACAAUUUGAUUUUGAAACAUGUACAGAAAUGGUUAUAACUUCUGUUCUAUGGAAUUUAAAUUCAUAUCUUACACCUACAUCUCAAGUUUGUGAAAAUUAUACAGUUGAAACAUAUCAAAGUUUAGAACUUUCUUCUAUAUUAUCUUAUCUCAUUACAUUCAUUGCUUCAUUACCAUUUGGUAGAGAUGAAUCUAUUAAUCUGGGUAAAAUUACAUUAAGUUGGAAACGUCCUUCAACAACUACUAUAAAUAACACCACAAUAGAUUUAGAAGCAUUUAUGUUUUGUGGAGAUAAAGAACAAACAUUAACAUUAAUGCCAGGGGAAAUUUUUGAAAAUUGCUUAACACUUUUUGCAUUGACUGCAGGACGGUUACCAUACCCAAAAUUAAAUUUGUCUUUUGUUGAUGAAUCUAAUACAGAAUUCCCUAAGAUAUGUCAAGAGUUAGCCUUAAAAUCAUUGCCAACAAGGAUAUUUGUUAUGUCUACCGGUAAAAGUUAG